CCGGUCGUGGCAACGUGGUUGAUUAUUGUGUUAAACAGCAGUUUUUACUUUGAAUAUGUCCAUUCAGCUAGGAAAAUUGUGUUCCUGCAUAGUGCAGCAACAUUUCGGAGAGGUUGUACGGAUUGUGGCCGAUGAUCUAUUUGCUGCCGUGGCUAAAACACUACCGAUGAUCGUCAAGAGUACACAACUAUCUAAAUCAGAGGUUUGUCGUGCUCUUGCGGUUCUGUUGAAAUUUAGCCUAGCUCGAUUUCAACCUAAUAAAGCCGGAACAACGACGGAAUAUAUCCUGGACCACGAGCGGGUACUCAUGGUUCUACGAUAUCCGCGUUACGUACAUCUGAUUCAAACCAAAUUCGGUCACGAAUCAGCCAUACUCACCGAGGAACUUUUACGGGCUGGCUAUCAAACGGCUUCUUAUGUCAUUCUAAAGGCAACCUCUAUUUCGGAUGUUAAGAAUAAAAACACUAUCACUACUCUACGACAGAAAUUUGCUGAUAUGGUUUCGAUGAACUAUUUCAUGAGAGCUCCUGACGCAAAACCCAUUGAGGCGAACAGUGAACUGGUUAUGUUAGAAUACGAAGAUUCAAGGUUGUUUCAAAUGCCCGAACUAGAUUUACGAAAGCUACUUGACUUGCAGGAAGGCAAGAGCACAAAAGCUCCCGAUGAAGGCAUCCAUUGGGUGGUGAAUUUAGAGAAAUUUCAUUUGGACUUCCGUGAUGCGAUCAUGGUUAACGCUAUAGAACGGAUGAUCGAUGCUAAUGCCGCCGAAUGCUUAAAAUUCUUGCUACAGCUGAUGUAUUCAAGGACCAAACCAUGGGAAAUGGUUUCCAACCCGAUUCCAUUGGUCGAAUUGAAGCAAUUAUGCGAAAAAAAGUCCAGCAAUUUGGAACUAAUCAAGUUUUUGGAGCAGUACAUAGCGGCAAUCGAAUCAGUUAAUUUUAUUAGUAAAUUUGGCGACAUGGGAGGGGGGCAGUAUACGUUGAAUAUGAAGAAAAUUCACGAGCAACUAAUAUGGAGCUGCAUAGAAAAUAUAAUCACGGAAAAGUACGGCUCAAAAUCCGCUCGAAUUUUUCGGGUCAUAAGGAUUAAAAAAUAUAUCGAGCAAGAAGACAUCCAAAAGGAGGCAAUGGUUCCAGCUAAAGAAGCAAAACAACUAACCUACAAACUGCUUGAGGAAAAUUUCCUUCAAAUUCAAACAUUUCGCAAACCAGGCGGUGGAAACGCUGGAGCUCCAAAAUCGUUCUUUUUAUUCUACGUCAAUCAGACCCAGAUUGUAUCGAUGCUACUGGAGACUUGCUAUAAAUCGCUAUAUAAUUCUAUAACCCGAUCUACGCAUGACAAGUCUGUUAAUAAACGGCUAAUAGAAAAAAGUCAACGGUUAGACAGCAUAGUGGAAGCAAUGAAGGAUCGAGGCGAAUCGGAGGAGUAUAUUGCGGAAAUUCAGGAAACGUUAACCCCCCCGGAGAAGGAGAUUCUGCAGAAGGUGAAGAUACGAGUAAAGAGCCUGUACAGCGCCGAAAUCGGAAUUGAUGAAACGAUAUUUCUGCUCAAGUUGUAUCAGCAGUACCAGAAGAAAUAA